UUAUAUUAAUGGCUUCUUGUAAUUUGCUUCUUCUUCUUCUUCUGUUUCUGGCCUCUUCUUCUUCUUCUUCUUCUUCUUCUUCUUCUUCUUCUUCAACGGUUUCUGCUGCCAUUGUUGAACAUUCUUUCUCUGUGGAAGAUAUGAGUGUUCGACGACUUUGUCGUGAUCAAGUGAUAACAACAGUCAACAGUGAAUAUCCCGGUCCAACCAUUCAUGUUCAAGACGAGGAUGUUCUGAUUGUCCAUGUUACCAACAACUCCCCUUACGAUUUAACCAUUCAUUGGCAUGGAGUAUUCCAGUUGCUAAGCGGGUGGGCAGAUGGGCCAGAAAAUAUAACUCAAUGUCCGAUACGACCAGGCAAAAAGUACACAUAUAGAUUCAAAAUCAAAGGACAAGAAGGAACUCUGUGGUGGCAUGCUCACUCGUCUUGGCUACGUGCCACCGUCCACGGCGCCCUUCUCAUCCGACCCAAGUUUGAUCUCCCACUACCGUACCCAACCCCGUACAAGAAAGUUCCAAUAUUGUUGGGAGAGUGGUGGAAUGCCAACGUUGUCCAAGUUGAAGAGGAAGGCCUCGCCACUGGUCGCGGUCCUAAUGCCUCUGAUGCCUACACCAUUAAUGGACUCCCGGGAAAUCUCUACCCUUGCUCCCAAAAUCAAACAUAUGAAUUAAAAAUGGUACGUGGACAAACAUAUUUGCUUCAAGUAAUCAACGUUGCACUCAACAACCAACUCUUCUUCAAGUUGGCCAAUCACAAAUUCACCGUCGUCGCCGUCGACGCCACCUACACCGACCCUUACAUCACCGACGUCAUCGUCCUAGCUCCGGGCCAAACCACGGACGUCCUCGUCAAAGCCAACCAACCCAUCGGCUCAUACUACAUGGCAGCAAGCCCCUACGCCCAUACACAACCCCAAAUAGGCUUUCCAAACACCAUCACUCGCGCAGUCGUAACCUACGACGGCGCAUCACACUCCACCACUCCGAUAAUGCCAACCCUCCCAGGUUUCAACGACACCCCAACUGCACACAAAUUCUACACCAACAUAACUGGUCUCGUUGGGGCUCGCCACUGGGUCCCAGUUCCUCGCCACGUGGAUAAUCACAUGUUUGUGACGUUUGGUUUGAACUUGGCCUCAUGCGGGGCAGUUAAUGGAAGCACGUGUGGCGGGCCGAACGGGCAGAGACUAUCAGCAAGUAUGAAUAACGUGUCUUUUGUGAUACCAAACGACGCCGGAUUGUCGAUGUUGGAGGCGUAUUUUCAUAAGGUGGAGGGAGUUUAUAGUAGAGAUUUUCCGGAUGAGCCGGCGGUGAAAUUUGAUUAUACGAAUUCGAGUUUAGGAUUGGAUAGUUCUUUGAUAUUUGCUCCGAAGGGGACGAAGGUGAAGAAAUUGAAGUUUAAUUCGACGGUGGAGAUUGUUCUUCAGAACACUGCUUUUAUUGCGAAGGAGAAUCAUCCAUUGCAUCUCCAUGGAUUUAACUUCCAUGUUUUGGCUCAAGGAUUUGGGAAUUACGACCCGAUUCGUGACCCCUAUAUGUUCAAUUUUGUUAACCCACAAAUUCGGAACACUAUCGCCGUCCCCAUCGGCGGCUGGGCUGUCAUCCGAUUCCAAGCCAACAAUCCAGGUGUAUGGUUGAUGCACUGCCAUCUGGACGUUCACUUACCGUGGGGAUUAGCCAUGGGUUUUGAGGUCGAAAAUGGACCAACUCCGUCGACGAGGCUGCCUCCACCGCCGUUCGAUCUUCCCAAAUGCUAGGAAUAUCGUUCAUAAAGUUCCUCCAAAUUUGAAGAGAAUCAAGAAUUGUUUCUUAUAGUUGAUGUUUUACCGUUUGGAGAUGAAUCCCACAAGUAUAAAAUAAUUGUUUUAUUGUCAAAUUAAGUUUAUAGUUUAUAAUUUUCUUUUUUAUUA